UCACUGUGAAACCAGAGAACCGGGUGGGAGGAAGGCAAGCGGCUGCUCAGGAACCUGGUAACGGGUACCGGUGGCUACUAUCGUGAUUAGCAACCAUUGAUAGUUCCUGGAGGAAGUAGCAGCAGUGGUGAACGUUUGCUUUCCAACCGGCUGAGCUCCAUCUUUUGAAACAAAACCAGAGGUGUGGAGUAAUGAGAGUGGGGGAGUGAAGGAGGCAGUUGUCCCAGUAGAACGUUGGCGAGUGGGAGGCCAAGCAAGAAUGCUGGAGGCCGAUGCAGACCCAGCAGGUGCAGCAGUAGAGCGAGAGGAAGUCGAGAUGGGGAGCGAAGACAUGAAUACCGAGGUGGUGCGGCUGACCCUGGAGCUCCAGGAGGCCACGGAGGAAAAGCUCCAGGCCGCCCGCUAUGGCCUGGAGGUGCUGGAGGAAAGUGCGGCUCUCAAGAUGAAACACAGGCAGCUGGAAGAGGAGUAUGAAACCCUCAAAGGGGAGCUACAGCAGCUCAGAGAGGCAUUCGCAGACUCUGUGAGCAGCCAGAAGCGUGCAGCGGCUGAUGGAGAGUGUCGGGAAGAGAACCUGCUGCAGGAGACCGCCUCUAAGGAGGCUGCCAUGGCUACACGCUUGGAUGAAGUCCAGGCAGAGCUCAAGCAAGCGCGCCUCGCACUGAGCAAUGCCCAUGCAGAGAUUGAUAGGCUGGGGGUGGUCUCCACCCAGCUAAAGAAGGAGUGUGAGUGUCUGGAGGCUGAAAAGGGCCAUCAGAGGGAUGAGAUGAAGGAAUAUAAAGUACGUGAGCUGCGCCAGCUGCAGGACAAUGGUGAAUUAGAAGAAGAAAAUAUCUCUCUGCAAAAACAGGUGUCUGUGCUCAGGGAAAACCAGGUCGAGUUUGAAUCGAUAAAGCUGGAGCUGACCCACAAGAACGAGGAGCAGGAGGAGCUGCGAGCUCAGAUGGAGGAGGCUGCCAGGCUGAAGGAGAUAGCAGAGCGGCAGCUGGAUGAGGCCCUGGACGCCCUGAAGGAGGAGAGGGAGCAGAAGAACUGUCUGCAGCGAGAACUCUCCGCCCUGACGCUCAACCCCUUCGACUCGGUGGGGAACCUGGAGCUCCACCUGGAGCAGCUGGAUGACAGCCAGGAGGAGGGCCAGGGGGGAGAGGGAGAGGAUCAGGACAGUGGCAUUAAUAAUGGUCCUGGGUCUGCUCCCGGUUCUGCUCACCCUCCUCACUUGGGGGGCUCCAAAAGUAAUGGCCUCAUCCAACGCUACUCCACUCCACGCAGCAGCGACAUGUUCCUGCGUGCUCCCGCCUCUGGGCUGGUGUCGGACCUGCUGAGUGAGCUACACUUUUCAGACAGCCAGAAACUGAAACAGCAACUCUUACAGGCAGAACGAGAGAAGUCCAGUCUGAUUAGCAAGGUGGAGGAACUGCAGAUGCAGCUGGUGAUGUCCAAACAGGCUUUCAGUCAGCAAGCGGACAAGGUUGGGUCUCUCACGCAACAGCUGGAAGCUGUGCAGAGCAGCCAGCAGCACGGCCACGAGGCAGGAAACCGGGCAGACGACGAGACGGAGAACGGAGACGGUAGCAAUGUCUUUGACUAUGAGGUAGACACCAAGAGCAAGGAGGUGCUGGAAGCGCGAAUGCGUUCAGCCAACGAAGAGCUCCUGAAGCUACGAGAUGAACUGUCUCAGGCGGGAGCUCGUUACAACACACUGGAGAACAGGUACAGGCAGGAGAAGGAUCGAUGGCGGGGAGAGGCCCAGGAGCUGGCUGACAAGAUCCGUCAAUGCAUCAAGUCCAGCAAGCAGGACCAAGAGCGCAUCAGUGAGCUGGAGAAGGAGAUUGGAGCCACAAGGAAAGUAGCCAUUGAUUCAGAAGGGCAUUUGAGCGUCGCCCAGGAAGAGCUGCUGGCUUUCUCUGAGGAGCUGUCCAACCUCUACCACCACAUCUGCGUGUGCAACAACCUGACGCCCAAGCGCGUCACCCUGGACUAUUACCGCGAUGGUGCCAGGGCAAGUUUCGCAGGAGGUAGUGCACGAAGAUCGUACUACGCCCACCCCCAGCAAAACUCCCAGAAGAAGCCGCGAGCCAAUGAUGCGUUCGUCUCCAAAGCUUCAGUGUUGCAGUUUAUGGGGGAGGUGGACAGUGCAGGAGCCAGCGGUGACUCUCCUAGUUGCCCCGGAUCCCCCACCCUGGAUUUCAGGGACCCUUCAAACGUCUGCAACUUGGUAGCGGUCAUCCGUUGCCAGAUCAAACACCUCCGGGUGGCAGUGGACCUCUGUCGUCAGAGGGGUGCGAUGCCUUACUCGGGGUUCAGCAGCAGCGGAGAGUCAGAGCGCGAUGCUGAAAGCCUAAUGGAAGAAGUACUAAAACUCAAGUCCCUUCUCAGCACUAAGAGAGAACAGAUCGCUACCCUCAGGACUGUCCUCAAGGCUAAUAAACAGACAGCAGAGUUGGCUCUGUCCAAUUUAAAAACUAAGUACGAGACGGAGAAGAGCAUGGUGUCGGAGACCAUGAUGAAACUGAGGAACGAGCUCAAAGCCUUGAAGGAGGACGCUGCCACCUUCUCUUCACUGCGAGUCAUGUUUGCCAGUCGGUGUGACCAGUAUGUCACCCAGCUGGACGAGAUGCAGAGGCAGCUGGCAGCAUCCGAGGAUGAGAAGAGGACCCUGAAUUCUCUGCUGCGUAUGGCCAUACAGCAGAAACUGGCUCUCACUCAGCGUUUGGAGGACCUGGAGGCCCCUCUGUCUCCCCACAGCUUGAACAGCAGCCCCCGCCGCUCCCGGGCCAAAGAGCUGGCCACCAAGUCAGGCCGGGGUCCGAGGAGCCCCCGAAGCAGUCCUGCUCGCCCCCCGUUGAGAAGCAGUCCGCGGGCUAGCCCCGUUCUCGGCGGCAGCGUCUCUGCGUUGGCCACGCACCACCUGCGAGGUUUAACCCGAAGUCUCCAUACAAGCCCUCGCUGAAACACUCCUCCUAUCACUCCAAACCCCCUCUUCUCCAUAAGGACCUGUCUCCAUGUUGACUCCCCGGCUCCCUGUCACAUCCCAGAUAUGAUGCAACAUUUCCCAGUCUACCCACCAGAACCAUGGAUUUAAAAAAGCAAAAAAAACAAAACAAAAAAAAAAAAAGAUUGUCUCAUCCCGCCCACUUGGUUUUCUCGGAUCGGAGAAACCUGCAUGCAGCCUGGAGCAGGAUGAGGAUGAAAUGUGCUGCUCAUUGCUCUGUGGAGUCAUUGACUGUGUCUUUGUCCCAAGUGGAGCCAACUUCCAUCUGGUCUUGGUCAAGGCUGCUGUGUGUUGUGGUGAACCAGUGACAGUAUUUAUUCCAGAAGGAGGGAUGUUUCAUGUGCAGUAUUUACUGUCCUCAGACUUUGAUUUGAGGCUCUGAUCUUUUCUUUUUUUUAAGGCUGUAUGUCUUUCCACUCUUGCCUUUUAGUCUGGCAUCCUUUAGUGUCCAUACGCCAUUAGAUCACUUGUGAUAACUCUCCCGAGUAGUUGUUUUUGCAGAACAAUGCAGCCUUACUAACAUAGUUGCUAUCCCACAAGUAGAGAGCUUGCUAUUGUGUUGCGGGUCCUCCCUUUCACUGGUGAUACAGUUGCAUUACUUUUCUUUGUCCUGUGACGUGCCUGGCACUUUGGCUUUUGUCCAUUAUCCGCGCCCCUUUAACUCGAGGUCAGUAAAAAUGCUAUUUAGUUGAUGGAAAUAGAUCAGCCAUAAGUUCACCACCUCAGGUCAAGCAGAGUAAUCAAGAUUCAUGAUUUGGAAGAUCCUUAAUGAGCAGCUUACUUUGCAAACUAUGCAGACCAAGUCAGGACGCUUCCUGCUGUUUAGAGUCGGGGUGAGUUUUAAACCUCACCUUCACUAUCGUACAAAAUGGCUGCAGCUGUUUUACAACAGCCAUUUAGCAUCUCUCACAAUAAGCAGCUUUUGGGAAAUAUCUGGGCAUUGCAAGCAUCCCAUUGGCUGAUAAUGUAAUUUCCUGCUUGUUUGGCUGUUGACAGUCUCACUUCACUUAAGAAUUCAAGUGGCUUGGUUUAGACAGAAACAAACACGUGCACACUUCUCUUGGCUACAUAAUCACAACAGCAGCUCCCAUUCAGCUUCUGCUUCUCUCACUCCUUUGUACAACUAAGCCACAAUACUCACGUUUUGUAUUCCAUCAGUUAAUGUCACCAUGUUUUUGUCUGCUACCAAAGUAAGCACGUUGUAAUGAACUAGUAUUACCCACACAACACUGAGGCUACAGCAUCCAUUGCGUUUAGUUAGCAAUGCUAAUAGUGCUAGCAGGCUGCUGUUAGAGUCGCUGCUUGUAGAAAAAUUAAAUAAUGAUAUUAUACACAAAAAGCAUUACAGAGUGCUUUGCAUCUAGUAGCACAUUAUGACUUAAAAGAAAGAAUAAAUACAUUUCACAAAACGAAAUCUCUCAAAGAGAGGCGUAACUGUAAUGUGACAUUGCUUUACUAUGAGGAGCUCCACUAGCAGAAGGCUUGGAUUGCAAAGAAAAGACACAAAGAAGAAGAAAACGUGUAUCUGCUGAUUUCCCCCCCCCCCCCAGCGCGAGUUGCUGCUAGAGUAGUUUGAUGCCGGGGCUGUGAUGUGAGGACAGCAGCACAAAUGUAAACAUUGGCACUGCCUCAUUGAAUGCAGUUAAAUAUUCACUUUGAAUUGACCUGUAGUAGACCAAUCAUGUUCUUUAACAUUUGGAAACAGCCGUUUGACAAAUGAGAACUGAAUGCAACGAAAUGUUGCAUCCAUUUUGUUUUUAGCUCGACUGUCCUGUGGUUUAGUAGAGGAGGCCACAACCUGCUGAUUCCUUAUAUUUUUGGUGCCUUGGUUUUGAUUUUGUCUGUCUUUAGAUGACCUCACAUUUUCUAAAUACUUUUCAACACUGUAGUUGUGAUUUUUGAAGGUAUGUUUUAUUUACUUUCUCAUGACGCAGUGUUAGCACUGAAUAAGGUGAUGUCUCAUUUUGGUAAAUAUUUUCAUAUUUUAGCUUGCAUGCCGGCUUUCAAGAACUCAUUAGUGUGAACUAAUGAAUAAUGAACGCAGAAAAUCAAGAACAUGUAUGAAAAACAUUAUAGAAGGUUAGCUUCUUGCUAAGAAGUGGAAAUGCUUUAACAAUAUGUGAUAUUUCUUCGAAGGUUGUAAAUGGGUUCCUUGAUCUAUGUAAUUCAUUCUGUGCAGAUUUGUGUAUAAUUUAAUUACCACUAUUGUAUAAUAAUUGAACUGAACUGUAUUUAUGUGGUCUGCGUUCCGUGUCUGUGACUUGUUAUAGAGGAUGACGUGCACACUCCGCAUUAACACAUUGGAUGGUCCUCAACUUUUUAUGCGUGUGCAAUUUCCUUUCAUUGACUUGUGAACCGCUCAUGAAAAAUAAAAACAAGCCAACACUGUA